AUGACAAUCACAGAAUAUCUCUAUGACCUUAUAGGAGAUGAUUUCCAAUCCGAAUGGAUGUCAACGAAAAAACCAAAGAAACCCUGGAAACAAGUGGCAUUGAGUGAAGUGAGUUUAAAUGUCUCUGAGGAGGUCUUGGCUUUCCGGAAGCAUUUAACGCUGUUUGAUGGUUUCAAUUUUACGAGAGAACUUGCAUAUCUGCAACCAGAUCUUUUGCCUUACGAAAACAAGAUAAAAUCUUGGCUGAUACAGAGAAGUUCAUGCCCAGUUGCUUUUAAAUGGAAGAGUUUAGGGCCUACUUAUUGGCCGCAAUGGUUCCGGUUUGGAUACUGUCUGAAUCGCAGUGGAAAAUGCUCUCUGCCGUUUGGUUGUAUGAAGUGUAAACCCGAAGGAGUAAUACAUCUAUAUUUCUUGCACAUGAGAUGCACGAAACCCAUCAGAAAGGAAGACAGAUCUCUUAUUUAUGAACUUAGAAAGAAGGAAUCCAAGUCAGAGCAUACAUCCAGCAAAAGCAAAGAAAGAUGUCAGUGGGAAAAAAUACUUAUACCUGUUACCGUGGCCUGCAGCUGCUCUUGCUAA